AUGCGUGAUCACGAAACAUACGUUUCUCCACGAAUUCACCACGGACAUGAACUGCCACCUCCCCCGCCCCCGCAGGAGCCGACAGGAUUGGGCGUCUCGUCACCCCACGGAUCGAUUGGCGCACGGCCCCAGACGGCCCCGACAACUGCCCGAUCGACGUCCAAGCACCCUGCACCAAGUCCUCAGGAAAACGCUGCUCCCGAACCCAAGAAGAAGAAGCGCCGUCAGGCCUUUUCGUGUGCAGAGUGUGCUAAGCGCAAGCAGAAGUGCAACCGGGAGACUCCAUGUCAACAUUGUGUGAGCCGCAAGGUGCCACAUCUCUGUGUGCCCAGCGCGAGGUUGGGAUCUCCGCCACCCCGGUCCAAACCGAAAAGCGAGGCGGAGAGCAGCACUGCGGCGCGCGGAAAAGCUAGUGACCAGGCAACGACGCCUACCGCCUUCAACGGCCGAGUGAACAAGCUCGAGCGCAUUGUCAACGCGGUGCUCAACCGCGUCGAUGGCCUGGAGGGCAGCGCCGCCUUAGCCGAGUGGCGGCAGACCCACCAGCAGGCGCUGUCACCCACACCUGUAACCGCUAAACUCGAGCCCCGAACCUCCGCGUCACCCGCAACUUCGGGUGCGCCUGGUCGACUGGAGUCAGAGAAUGGAGAAGACGCGUGGCUUGGCGGCCUCGACCGCGGCACUGUCAGCCGAAACCCGCUGCCUCAAACGGACAAUCAGACCCCACUCGGUCUAGACUACCAUGGAUCAGUACGUGAGCAGCUGGAGGAUUUUGUCGACGAGAGUAGCGCCGGCACUCUAAUUUACCAGCUCCGCAGAGCUCUUCAAGACCUGCCUGCCAAGGACCACGCCGACAAACUGGUUGCAUUUUUCUUCACAAAGGUCAACCACAUCCGCUACCCGAUCGACGAGCGCUUGUUCCGGCAAGCCUUCGAAGCUGUGUACGCGUCAGGGGGUGAAAUAACUCCCACCUCGGUGCUUGCGCUGCCAUUGAUUUUUGCCGUUCUGGCGAUCGCGGUCAAGCUGUACCCCGAUGGAGUGUCGGAAGAUUGCAGCGCCGAGCGGAGACGCAAGGCCAGCUUGAAACUGUUCUGGGGCGCGCAAUUUGGCAUUAUGUUCUCGACGUCCCUCAAUGCCGAGAAUAUUCAGCUCGUAGAGGCGCGCAUCCUCAUUGGCCUCUACUUGGUCCUCAUGCACGAGCGACGACUUGCCGAAGGCUGGCUCCAGUUCCGCGCGGCCGUCGCCACGGGAACCGCGCUUUGUUUACAUCGCGAUGGCAGCCUUCUCGAUCUCGAUCCUUAUACAACAGAGUAUCGCCGCCGCCUUUGGUCGUAUCUUUGUCACGCGGACGCUACGUAUUCUUGUCUUCUGGGCCGCCCGGUAUCCAUCAACCCCGAGUUUUACGACACGAAGGAACCCAGUAAUAUCGAGCUAUCAUCCCUCGUGGGCGUCGACGUGGCGCCUCCUUCCAAUCCACUUGACGAGCCGACUUUUGCCACAUUCCUCAUCCUUCGCAAUCGCCUCGCCAGCAUUGUCUCACAGAUAGUGAACCAGUUUCAGAAGCUGCACGACUCUGUUCACUACAGUGACAUUCAGGCGAUCGAUGCACAGCUUCGCAAGCUGCGCGAAGAUCUUCCGCGCCACUUUCAGAUGCUCACUCCGGACAAGUCGCUUGACAAAGACCGUACCUUCCUCCCGGUGCACCGGUUCUACAUCCAGACGGAGAUACUGCACUUCACGAUCAUCCUUCAUCGGCCAUGGUUUUUGCGACAAGUACGCAGCGAUAAGUACGCGAUGUCGCGCCGGGCGUGCUUUGAGGCCGCAAUAACCGACUUCAAAAUUCGACAGGAGUUCCACAAGGAGAAUCCCGACUUCUUUGAGACACUUCUCGGUGGCUCUUUCCGCGAAUUUAACUGCGCAAUGAUUGCCGGUAUCAACCUUCUGCUCGAGCCACACUCGCCCUACGCCUCGGACAUGUGGAAGAUUAUGACCAACUUUACGGAGCAUCACCCGUACAACCCGACAAGCGACGGCUUCAGCCGCAGGGAAGCGGCGAUUGUGGGUACAAAAAGGACGCUGAAGUGCUAA